UCAUUAUGUUAUCAAAUGUAAUUAUGAUCAAUUUAUGAUAUUGUUCCACCAUUACCUUGUACUAUACUCUGUAUUUCCUCCGAGGCACCAUUGUGUACUGACUGUUUGAAAGAAUCGUUGGGUUAGGGUUGUUCUCUCAAGGAAUAGCUCUAUUGGACACAGGAUAUUCAAAACUACUUGCUUUCUUGGAAUGAGUUUGCAAUACAAUAAAGUUAUGAAUAUUGCCUAACCAGCCCCUGAUGACAAGAUGUACAGUAGCUUAGAGAGUAUAGAGGCACGGUUUCGUGAACUUGAAAAGAACCUUUGUGAUCCAGGAACGUUUAUAUGUCCACCGAGACCUCCUGUUCCAACGUGGCUUUUCGAAAUUAAAUCUGAUGACAUUAAGUAUGAAAUUGCUGCAGGAUGUUCUUCAGUUGCAGGGAUAUCUACAUCAUCAAUCAUAGAAUCCAGCACCACCAGCUCUAGCAACAGUACUGUUCCUGUCAAUGACACGAGUACAGUCACAUCCAGUAUAAGCCCUGUGAAUAGCACAGUCACAUCCAGUAUAAGCCCUGGGAAUAGCACAGUCACAUCCAGUAUAAGCCCUGGGAAUAGCACAGUCACAUCCAGUAUAAGCCCUGGAAAUAGCACAGCAUUAUUGACCACACUCUCUUCACUUGUAACUACAGUUGUCAUCAAUCCAUCAAAAACUGAUCUGUCAGGAAAUGUAACAGGGUCUCCUGAUGGCGGUCUGACGACGGGGAAUGCAACCAUUGUUGCAAGUUUGGUGAUAGCGGCUGUCGUGGUGAUCUUCCUCGUUGUUCUGGUGGUCGUGGGAUGCCUUAGGUAUCACAAAAAGAAGAAGAUCACCCCAAUGAGCAAUGGCGAACCUGGGAACUAUCUGUAUAACAAUCAAGUCAAGAAACGGCGAUGGGUUGGUUCCGGGAAUCCACAAAUCUUGGCCAAACUUAGCAUGAACGGGUUGACCUUGGUGCAUGACAGUCCUGUUCAUAGCGAGAGAGGUGAGGAUGUGGAAAAUGGGGAGGAAACAGUGCCAUCCGAGAGACAACAAAAUCAAAUGAACCAAUCACAGACAUUCAAUGGAAUAGUCAUGCCAAAUACGGACAAUGUUACCAUGGAGACAGAGGAUGCCCUGCUCCAAGUGAAACAUAAAAAGCGUAAGAAAAAGAAGAAGAAGAAACGAUCGGCAAUAACGACCGAUUCUGUUGGAGAUAAUCAAAAUGCAGAGUCUGUACCGCCGCAACAACUUCCACCGAUAUCUACUACAUCUAAACCAGUAUGAAACUGUGACUAAGCAUUCCUUUUUCUACAACAGGGAUCAGGUGAAGUACUUAGCAGGUAUCUCAAGGUCUUGGUGGAUAUGUUACACCUGCUGACUUGUGCAAGAUCUCUUGAGUUUUUGAUGGAUAUUAUGUCCUUACUUGAGGGACAUCUAUACGGUGUCGCGUGAGAAGACAAACUAUGCUGAACAUAGGGCAGCUUCUUGAUGCAUCAAGAAGCUGGGAGUACAGUGUACAGGCCUUUCUACUUAUAGUCAGUAUUUACAAAUUAAAGAUUUGAGAUCUUCAAAGUUCCAAUACCCUUCCAAAGUGAUAGUGACUCCCAAAAUUUGGUGUAUCAGCAUUGAUGAACAUUCCUUUAAACGAACGUUGUUCCAAUGAAAAGAACAAUGUGAAAGGUGAAUAAUUUAGUCAAAAUUUGUUUUAAAGUUUACAAUUCUUUUUCUUCAGUUUUGGUAUAUAAACUAAAUUUCAUUGAUCACCAGUGUACAUAUUCAUUUUAUCAAAGACUGAUCAGCCAUUGUCUUUUAUAUGAAUUGAUAGGAUUGUAUGCAUUUCAUUCUUUUAUUGGAUAUAAAUAAAACUAUGUUUUACAAUACAA